UGGACGCACACAGUUGGAUGGAUAACACCGUCUCUGUUAAACGAAGGAAAAAGGAUGUUAAAAUUCGACAUUUUUGAAGUUUUCCAGUGAAAAGAAGCUGCAGCUGGACUCAUUUCGACUAACGGGGCUUGGUUGACUUACAGAGGAGGUGAAAAAAAACAAAAACAAAUAACGGCUGGGUUCUGACAGCGCUCGCGACAGCCGUUAGAAAUCAAAGUGCUCCGUUUUAAUGAGUUGAUUUUAAGAUUAACGUUCAAAUAGCAACCCGUCCCGACCACACAGACAGCCAUGAUGGAGUCUAUUUUAGACAGUUUAACCGCAGAUAAACUGUACCCACCCGGAGGAACCAACCUGUUGGACCUGGAGGAACUUAGCGACGGAGAUUUCCUCACUAACGUGCCUUUCUCAGGAGACCAGAUGGACGACUUCAGCAGUGAAUUAUUCAGCAGUUUCUUUGACGACCACAUGUUAGAGCGCCCCCUGCUGGCGGAUAGAUCUUCACUUUUACACAUGGACACAGAUGCAGAGAGCAGCCCAGAUAUUCAAGCAGAGCACAGCUACUCUCUCAGUGAAGACUCCGCCCCCCAGAGCCCAGCCCUGUCAAUCAAAAUGGACCAAGACUCUGAAUUUGAAUGGAACUUCAGCCAGGACCUUUCAGCCAUCUUGGUGAAACAGGAGGAGCCCGAUGUGGGUCAUCAAAGAUUAGAUCCUCAGCCUCAGGAAGGCCCGCCUCUCAUAUUAAGCCCCGCACCUCCACACAGAGCAUGGAAACACACAGAACGAAGUCAAGAAGACGUGAAGCCAAAGGUCAUAAAAGAUGAGCCCAGAGAGAUGGGACAGUACCUCAGCCUGCCCAGUGAUGAUGCUCUCCAGCUCCCGCCCACUCCUCCCAGCAGUAACCAUGGCGACAGUGACGGCUCCCUUCCUCCCUCCUCCCCUCACCUCCCUCUGCCACCGUCCUCCCCCCAGCCACAGCAGAGGCCAGGAGGUCGAGCCUCCUCAUCCUCCUCGUCCUCUUCCUCAGCCAUCUCCUCUUCCCCUCUCCUCACUGCUCCACAUAAACUGCAGGGCUCAGGACCCCUAAUGCUCACAGAAGAAGAGAAGAGGACCCUGGUCGCUGAGGGUUACCCCGUCCCUAACAAACUCCCUCUCACCAAGAGUGAAGAGAAGGCACUGAAGAGAGUCCGACGGAAGAUCAAAAACAAGAUAUCAGCUCAGGAGAGUCGGAGGAAGAAGAAAGAAUACGUGGAAUGUCUGGAGAAAAAGGUGGAGAACUACACGUCAGAAAACAGCGACCUGUGGAGGAAAGUAGAAAACUUGGAGACCAGCAACAGGUCUCUCCUACAGCAGCUGCAGAAGCUUCAGUCGUUGAUUUCAGGGAAAGUCGUCCCUCGUUCUUGUAAAAUGGCCUCAACUCAAACAGGGACAUGCUUAAUGAUGAUGGCGUUGUGUUUUGUCCUUGUGUUGGGCUCCUUCUCCCCCUGCCUCUCUCCUCUCUCCUUCCUCGCUGACUCUUCCUCUUCUUUGUCCUCCUCUUCCUCUCAUUCCCCCUCCGCUCCUCUACCAUCAGCGGACCUCUACACCACCAGUCAGGUCCGUUCCCGCAGUCUGCUCUUCUACGAUGAAGGGUCUCCACUGGAGCAAAGUUUAGAGAGUGACAGACUGCAGCCUGACACGCACUCUCACAUUCAGAGCAGCAGAUACACAGCUGAGACGCAAAGAAACCAGACGACUGGGCCAAAAACAGACCACAGAGAAACAAAAGCAGAAGGAGUCUCAGAGAUUUUCUGACAACGUCUCAAUCCUCCUCUCAUGACUUCUCAUCUCUGACCCCAAAGAUCCUGCAGAUCCCCUCUUCUCAGACGGCUUCACAUCAGCAUCCAGCUGGACCAAAACCUCAGUUUUCUCCUUUUUUAUCACACUCUUUCAUUCUGCAGUCUGUUCACCCUCCUUAGCCGUUUUACUGUCUGUACGUAGAGCUUUACUCCUCACCUUAAACAGACUCUGAUUCACCUGAAAAGACUUGAUUUUAAAGGAAACAAAAUGAUGGAAUUUAUCUUUUAAAAUGAAGGAUAAUUUUAAAUCCCCUUGUUGAAAAUUAUCAGUCAUGCAGUAGCCUACCAGAGCAACUUGUAGCAUUUAAAGAGACAUAGAUUAAGAUAUAAAGUCAGCUAUGUUUAGCCUAUAGAAUCAAAGCAUUAUAGGUUGCAAGUUUGCAAAGCUUCAUGGGAAAUGAUGCACUUUGCACCUUUAAAUAUGAGCAUGUGUAAAACACUGUCAUAAAUGACUUAAAUAAAGUUAGUUUUAGCCAUAGACUUACAACGAGGUGGUGUAAGUGUAGCCCUUGGGUCUGAAUAGACAAGCUAUUAGCAGAGCUUUAAGCAUGCAAGGCCAAGUAGGCCAAGUAGGUUUAGACAUUAAAGCAAUUCGGCUUAUUUUGGACCAAAUGCAGUGAGCACAGAUGUAGGAUUUGUAAAGAAAAAGCCACACUUUAAAUACCCUUUUUCCAUCUAAAGAAUUGGCUACAGCUUAUAUACCCAUGCCACCAAUAUGCCAGAGUAAGGUGCUGAGAUAUGCAUCAUUUCUGCAGACCAAGACCAAGUGUGACUGAAAAUUCCCUCUGGUCUUUGUGUUUUGCAACAGCUGUUUCGCUGCUCAGAAUGUGGAGGAAUGCAUAAAGACGAAGACCAGACCAGCAAGGUUUGACACUGCAUAAAUCUUUCGGAGCACUAAUGUGAUUGAAAAUACUGCUCAAAGACAAGGCUGAAGAGGGCAGAGGGAGUCACAGACAGUUAUGAGGCUGUCUAACAACAAUCACUGCAUUGUUAUAUGAUGUAUCAUAGACAGUAGAUGUGCUAAGUUCAUACAAUGAAAAAUAGAUGAUAGCAAAAGAGCGACACAGAUGCUGCACGUUGUGGGCUCUACUGAAUGAAAUGGAAAUGCAGGCGGCUUAUAUUCCAGAUUUUGCAGUAGACCAAAUUACAUAGCAGAUAUCGAUACUUCAACCUUCAACACACUUUCUUCUCAAAAGUAUUGAUUCAGGCACCGUCGCUGUAUAAAAAUGAUCAAUUUAACACUGGCAUCAGAAAAAAACCCAAACGAUACCCAACCCUAGUUGCAAGGUACGGAUACGCAACUAGCAAGCCACUCUGCCCAUCUCCUCUGGUCACUUGCUGCCUUUAAGUGAGGAGUCUUUUCAGUCAAACCAGCACGCCAAGCAGUUUAUUUACUGAAUUAUGACCUUAUGAGGGUGAAAAGCUGGUGAAAAGUGGCGCCAACUGUCACCUUUUUGGUCUGUGUUGCUACAUAUCCCAGCAGUGAAGCAUCCAAAUGAAUGGGAGCAAAUUCACAGUAUAACGGCGUUUGUCUCGGGAUUUUACUCUGGUAUGUUGGUUGCAUCUGUAUAAAGGAUGUAGCUCACGUUUUUGAUGAAAAAACAGCCUUUAUCUUACAAAAGUGCAAAAUGUCUUACUAGUCCACAGCUGCUGCCACAAACCAGUGACUACGUCCACCUUUUAUAUACAGUCUGCUCUUUGUACUUCAUGCUUGUAUUUUAUUUUGAAGGGGAUGUGCUUGAUCCCUUCACACCAUAUAUUCAUACCAGGCUGAACCUAAAACACAUCAGAAUUAUAUAUUUUUUAAAAAGCCAUUAGACUCCAAGAGGAUUUGUGUCCAGCAAUGAUUUAAAUUAGAGGAUAUUCAGUAAAUAGUGACUACACAUGUUAGGACCCAAGUCAAGUCUUUACAUAGGAGAUGCUUGAACAAUACUUCUUGGCAAGUUAAAUCCAUAUUUUAGCUGUUAAUUAGCUGCCAAUUAAAGAUCCCACAGCUCUGUGAUAGUAGUAAACAGAACACAAUAAAUGCAACGUAUUAUUAAACUGAUACUUCAGAAAGUAGCAGUGCCAUUUCAAAAGUGCCUUCCACUUACUUGAGUCAAAUGAGGCCUUAAAUAAAAAGCCAACACCCUUACAUCUACACCUGAAGCUUAUCUCUACCUAUAUAAAAAUAUUUUUUCACUUUAAGUCGUUUACAUCAAUCAUUAACAGAAUGAAUGUGAAAGGAAGUUGUUUUCCUGCACUCGUAAGGCUUCUUUUUAACCAUUUACCAAAGUUUAACAGAGUAAUAUUGCUUAUUUUCCUUUUUUAUCUGGGAUUACAUCUGGUUUUCACCUCUGAUUAAGACCAAAAUUCUGCACCAUUUACCAUAUUUUCAGGGACUGUUCACAGGGGUCCUGACAGAGGUUGGGAAACAUGACAUCAAAGUAUUUUUUAUGAAUUAAAAAUUGUACAUAUAAUAUAUUUGCAGCAUUGAAAAAAGAGCAUAUUUAAUUUAUGCAACAAAAAAAUAAUUGUUUUUAAGAUCAGUUUAUCUCAGUGUCUUGUUUUCUAAAUAAUGUUUACAAAAAUCUCAAAAAUACGUCUUAUAAUAUAUUCUGAGCAUCAGAAAAGAGCAUAUUUAUUUUAUGCACAAAAAAAGAGGAAGUGUGUCGUGGUUUUAGGAUGAAGUUUUACAUGAUGGUGUGUCGUUUACAUGCUGUUUCAUGGAUGUAAAACUUUGAUCGUUUUUUGUCUUUAACUGUAAUACAGUGUUUGACUGCUGUCGCAUGGAGAAAACUAAAUCAUCAGAUUUUACCCUCCAGGUGAAGAAAACACAAAUCAAUCACAGAAUCUAAAAGUGAACUAUAAUGUAGUUUUUAAAUCCACCCUCAUGCGACAGCAGUGUGUUGUAUUUAUUCCUGUUUGUAGAAAGUGUGUAUAUAUUGAUGAAGCCAAUCAGGAGACUAAAACAUUCCAAGAAUUUAACACCACUAGUUUUUUAACCAGGAAAAUCUUUAUUUCUUCACCACUAGACUGCCUUUGUUAGAAAACGUAAUAUUUCGCAUCCAGUCAAAUCUUGAAACUUUAAAUGAAAUAUUUCACUUUGAGCUCUGACUCAACAAAAACACAAAAUUCCUUUUUUUAUCCAAAAGCGUUACAGUUGACACAUUUUCUUUUAUUUUGUUUUUUUUUUUAUGUUUUUGAUUUUGUCUUUUGUGCGAAAAAUUACACAAUUUCUUGUGACUGCAACUCGUAGCACAAAUAUUCUGUCAUUUUAUUCUUAAAGGGGAAUUCUGGUGUUUUUUAAACCAUUUUUUUUAAAAAUACAUUUAAUUCCAGCAUCCACAGAAGUGGCCAUUAAUUGCUGCAGUGUUGUCAGUGUACAUCCACUACAAGUCCUUGUUUUUCUUCUGUCGUGUCCCUACAGGGAUAGAGCUCAUCUCUGAGGUAGACGAUACCUGUUCUUAAAGAAAAACAGACUUUUCAUCACUCUCUUCGAGACGCCAUUCUCAAAACGGUGAAUUUACAUCGACAGUUAAAGGAGUUGAUGCUCUACCUCUGCCUGUAACAGCAACUUCUGAAUUUAUUGAAGUAACAUCUCCUUUUGUAAGUGGAGUCUGCUAGUUUAAAGAGAGCAAUGUAACAGCUGAUCCUGCACAUAUUUGUGUGAUGGUAACAGAAAACCUGCAAACAAACUACCAGGAGUAGAGCAAAAACUCCCACAUUUGCGAAGGUUAAGUUGCAUUUUUGUCAACUGAGUCUGUUGUCUUUAAACAAUAUUUUUUGUGGCUCACCUUGCCGUAGAACCUUCUCUAGAAAAAAGCUUCUCAUAUAGCUAUUUUGAAGCUACCAGACUACAUUUUUACCUCGCUGAAUAAAGGAGUUGAUGCUCUACCUAUGCCUCAAACUGCUAGGUUGUUUAUCUUGUCUUUUGGCCUUCAUUCUGGAUAAGAUCUCAUACAAUGUUUUUGCUACAAAAAGGAAAAACACCAAUGUGAAAAAAAAAAAAAGCAAAUCUAUGCAGUGGUAGAUCAGCAAGGUAACCUAACUCCUUUUGCAAGGAGAGUCUGCUACUUUAAAGCGAGAAAUUUCACAGCACAUAUUAACAAAAAAACUGCAAACUAACAAAACAAAGCAGGAAUAAAGCACAACUCCCAUAUUUGUAAAGGUAACGUUCCCUUUUUGCCAAUUGAUUCUGGUAACUUUAAAGAGAACAAUACAUUUAGUGGUUUCUUUUGCUAUUUCCAGAAAAAGCCUCUCUUUUAAAGCUACCAGACUACAUAAUCAAAACUAGUUGAUGCUCUACCUCUGCCUUGAUUAGUUUAGCUGUUUGUGUUUUGUUAGAUGUUUUUAAUUGGUAAGAGCAGACCCUGCACAAAAAAGACCUUGCUAAAAAAAAUAAGAAAUUGAAGCAGCAGUAGAUCAGCAACUCCUGUAUUUAUCACAUCAUUUUUUUUCUGCACAGUCUGCUAGUUUGAAGAGAGCAAUGUGACAGCUCUUGUUGGUUUUUCCAAAGAAUCUUUUCCAGGAAUAUCCACACGUAUUGCUCUUGAAGAUUUUAUGAGCAAAAGCAGCAAUUUUAUUUCGCGGGACAAAGGAGUUGAUGCUCUGCCCCUAGUUUGAUCUGUUUAGUUGUGUUAUAUGUUUUAAAAGGCAAGAGUAGAUCUUGCACAUAUUUGUGUGAUGCUAACAAAAACCCUGCAAACCAACUGACAAAUCAAGGCAGUGACAGAUCAGCAACUUCUGUAUUUAUAACGGCAAAAUUAUUGUUUUGGUCAUUGGAGUUUGGUGGUUUAAAUAGAGCAAAAGUUACAGCUAUGGCUUGUUCCAUACAGGAAUUUUCUCCAGAAGCAGCUACAAGACUACAAAAGAAGGCUAAAAGGUUUUGCCGUGCAGAAUGGAGGAGUCGAUGCUCUACCUCUGCCCCAGUCAGCUUGACUGUUAUCAUUAUUUAAUGCUUUGAAAUGGUAAGAGCAGAUCUUGCACAUAUCUGUGCAGCUCUUGAGAACUCCUUUUGCACCCUGGUUUUGGUCCAUCUGAUGGUGUGAGUUCAUGCAAGAAUAAAGAGAACACAACAGAACAUUUACAGCUUGUGGUUUCUCAACAGAACCAUUUUCUUUAAUAAAAAGACGAGAUAAAGACACUGAUUGUCUCUUGAACCUAAAAUUACAAUUUACAAUGCUCUUUUUAAAGCCACCAGACUCCACUGACAAAAACAGUGGUUUAACUUGGCAGAGAAAAAAAACUUAAAUGUAACCCAAGCGGCUUGCUCUUUUGUUUGAAAUUUGGCUUUUAAAAGCUUGUAG